CCGUCAGUUGAUGUUCGAUAUUUGUGUUGUUUGGUAUGGAUGUACACAUACCGACGGCGGUACGCGUAGCGCAACGACGGCGCAUAGUAAUUUCUUGUGAUUUUAAGCGAAAUAACGGUUUAUCGCAAAUAAAUCUACAUGCAAUUUGCAAUUUAACGUGUAAUUUGUGUUGUGCGCAUAAAAAAAUGUUAUAAUCUUCUAAUAAGUUGUCAAAAGUGUUUGAUCUCCAUUAAACUAAAAGUGCUUAAAUCUAAGUAAAAGCCAAAUCCGAGUAGUUUUAAGGCAACUAAAGCUGCGUUAAGAUAACGUGAAAUGUCCAGCAGUUCGUGAAUGUGUUUGUGAAUGCGCAAUGUUGAAGCGAGCAGUGAAGCUGGCGUUAAUUGCUUUUGUCAGUUGUGAACUACCGAAUUGUUGUUGUCUAUACAAUAUAUAAUUCACCAUUCACUUUGACAGUUUGCAUUGCAGCAACAACUAUAUAAUAACAGUAGUUGCUAAAAUUUCAUGCUGUCAGCAAUUCAAAAGUGUGGCAUUCGUGCAAUUCUGUGGAACUCAAAUGCAGGCAUAGCACCGGCAAUUGUUCUCCAUGCAGACCAACAGUGCGUAUGAGUGCUCAGCAGUUGCGUGCAUUUUGGUCAGCUACAGUAACAUAGAAAUCAAUUAAGCUUGUAUGAGUUCGUGUGCUGUUAUUGCUAUGAAAGGCUGAAGCAGCUGUAAGAGUUCAGUGUUGAGAUGUAAGAGAUGUUGUGUCCAAGGUAGGAAGAGCUCUCCAAUUAAAGCGUGAACGUGUGUACUUGCGUGCUUCCGUUUUGGCCUGUACAAGGCGCCACUAUGUCGUCCUUGCUUUGUCACACGUAAGCUGGCAACUAUCUGAAAGGCUAAGUUUAUGUCGCAGAAGUUAUUUGUGUCGGUUUAAGUGUAGUUCGGUCGGUUUGCCGGUGGCGCUGUAGCACAUUUAGUUACUACUAGUGUUCACAUACAUAUAUAUAUAUAUAUGUAUAUAUGUUCAUAGUUUUUGUGUGCGUAUAAUCAACGUUUCGUGUAUUCUAGCUAACAGCGUUAUCUGUGUCACUUAGUAGUUAAAGUGCAUGAACACAUUCUUUCGUAGCGGCAUAACAAAUUCAUCCGGGAAUAAAAACACUCAACUUAACCCAAUACGGAACGUAAUGGACCUAUUUGUGCGCAUAUAGCAAUGCAAAGUCUGCUGCCCUUGUAACAUGUGCAAGUGAAAGGCGCGGCAGCCUCAAAAAUAGUAAAAAUCUUCCGAAAAACUCAACUUAACGAGGUUUAUUGUGAAAAUUGUCGCAGUUAUGUACCUUUUUUCGAUAUUUGGCAUUGGCAUUGACAGAUGUUUGCUGCCAUAAGUUACGUGCACUGCAUACUCAACGCGCUUGCACAGCCAAAAGGUGAAGCAAAACAAAAAAAUGAAAAACCGUAUAUAUGUACAUAUAUACCAGAGUGAGGAAAUGUGAAAAUGUGUAGAAAGUGGAAUGAAAGAGCUGUUGGUAUGUGUAGUAAAAGAAAGGCCAGCAAAUCAAAAAUAUAAAAUUUGAAGAAAAAAAAUUGUAAAGCGCAAAAGCUCCGCAAAUUAAAGCUGACACAAACGUCCUUUGCCCAGCUGCAGUUUUAAGUGCGAGGAUAUAAACCUCUGGCACCUGCUAAUGUUGGCGCUGAAAACGUGGCGAGAAUAAGUGACGCGUAAUUUCAUUAAAUUUAAUACAAGUGGAAAGGAAGUAAAGCAAAUUGGCAGCAAGCGAAUUCAACAGAAAUAAAGCGGCCGCAGAGAAAAUGCCUCGCAGGCCAUAAUUGGAAACGAAAUUGAAAUACAUUUUAAAUAAAAGCGCUGUAUUCUACUGAAAUGCUGAAGUAGACAGCCAUUUGAAAAUUAAACAGAUAACACAUUGAAUAGGAACAAUUCGCAGUUAUCUCUUCCGAAACGAGUCAGGAUUUGCUCAGUGAAGACCGAUUCGCGGACAAAUGUUGAAAGGUGUACUCGGUUCCAGAAAUAUAUUUACGAAUAUAACAAAACUCAAAUGCUCGUACGAAUGGAUCAAUUGAACACAAAGGCAUCACCUCAGAGAGGCUGUGAGAGAACAGCGUGUUUACUAUUCCAAUAAUGCUUGAAAUUAUGAACAAAAAAAGAUGAAUGAAUGAUUUGACAAGCAAGGAAGAAGUAAGAAGUUCGUUAGUAAAAUAUGGAGAAAGUUUAAAGCAAUUUAAAAUUGAAGGCGAAGAUUGAAAAUAGAACAUAAAAUAAGCAAUGAAGUCACUAAUUAGCAUGAAAAUUAGAUCGAAGUCUAGGAAAAAUUAAAGCAACUUAUGCACAACUAAACGCGGCAACUUUUGCAAUUAACACAAGAAAAGCAAUUUACCUAAUAAACACUUAAAAUUCUAAAAACUGCUGGUAAUAUAAAGUUGAAUGAAUUUGUUGCGAAAUGGCGGUUGAAACAAGGACAACAAGAAGCCGCGACAGCAGCAAGUGCAUGGCAUAAUUUUACCGUCAUUAUAAACGGAGUGCGCCAUUAAACGCAAGCCGUUAGGUGCAUAAAUAGCAAUAACAAUCAUUUCAGUUAGCACCAAGCAGCCAACAAGCAACAAGCGGGCGGAGUAAGACAGCAGCGAAGCCAACAGCGGCAGCAUCACUAGCUGCAGCCAGAGUUAUAAAUUUAUAGGGGUGCUGCAUAGCGCCAUUAUGAUAAUGUUACCGCGUUACUUUUACUUGCUGGAAACAAACACCACCGUACUUUCCAUACUCUUCCUACUCUUGGCAUGUGUCGGCGGCGGCGGCGGCAAUAGUGGCUCAUUCGCCACAGCGGCAACAGCAACGCAUGGCGCGAACAAUCAAAAUGCCAACACACGAAAUUACAGCCGCAGCGGACGUGAUAUCACGGUUUAUGGGGGCAGUAGUAGCAGCUCCUCAGCGGUGUUUCGUGCGCUUGUCUCCGCCUCAUUAACGGACAACAAUAAUCGCCUGCAGUCAGAUGCCGCAUUAGCUUCCGAAGACAAUAGCUUGCAAAUGUCGCUAGUCUCCUCACCGAUAACAACUGCCUCACUGACCGCCAAUAAUAUAUUUUUGGGUCCAUCGCUCUCGCUGACAAGCAGUAGCGCCGCAUCUGCUACCUCCGGCUCUGGCUCAAUGCUACAAUCCGCAUCACUGGCGGGCGGUGCCGGUAGCAGUAGUGGAGGCGUUGGCAGCGCUGGUGUAAGUAGUAGCGGACGUAGUAGUCGGCAAAAUGUCGGUGGCGGCAUAACCAACAACAACGUCAAUAGUCAUACACAUGGCGAUCAACUGCCAGCGCAAUUAUCCUCGCGCAUUAUACACACACGCAACGGCGCCAUAUCCGGUGUUAUUGUACAACUUGAAGGUCGGCACUUGGAUCCGGUGGAAGCUUAUCGCGGUAUACCGUAUGCUUCGCCACCUGUGGGCAAUUUACGUUUCAUGCCACCUGUUUCAGCGGCCAUGUGGUCGGGCGUUAAGAAGGCAGAUAGAUUUAGUCCGGUUUGUCCGCAACGCCUACCCGACAUCGCCAACGAGACAGCCGCUUUAGAGCGUAUGCCCAAAGGACGGCUGGAGUAUUUGAAGCGUCUAUUGCCGUAUCUGCAAAAUCAAUCGGAAGAUUGCCUAUAUUUGAAUAUUUACGUGCCCAUACAAGUCGCUUCGCGUGACGCUUCUGGCAGUGGCAGCAGCAGCAGCGGAUCAAGCAACAAUGCGGGCGGUAGUAGUGGCGGUGGAGGCGGGCAAACCAGAUACCCGGUUGUAGUGUUUGUACAUGGCGAAUCCUAUGAAUGGAAUAGUGGGAAUCCGUAUGAUGGCUCGGUGUUGGCGAGCUUUGGACAAAUACUUGUCGUUACAAUAAAUUAUCGACUGGGCAUACUAGGUUUCUUAAAUGCCAAUACAGAUCGCUACUCGAAACUGCCAGCCAACUAUGGCCUAAUGGACAUCAUUGCUGCGUUACACUGGCUGAAGGAGAAUAUUGCUGCAUUUGGUGGCGAUCCACAGAGCAUAACCCUAGCGGGUCAUGGCACCGGAGCAGCGUGUGUGCAUUUUCUCAUCUCCUCACUGGCGGUGCCAGAAGGUCUCCUUUUUAACCGCGCCAUACUGAUGUCCGGCUCUGGUUUGGCACCCUGGUCGCUGGUGAGCAACCCCGCCAAAUAUGCAGCCAUCGUUGCGCAUCAUGUGAACUGUGCGCCCGACCUGUCACAUGCGCAUCUGAUGAAGUGUCUGCGCGACAAGACACUGGAGCAGCUGCUGAGCGUACCCAUACGUCAGCCCGAGUUCGGUUUCGCGUUUGGCCCCAGCAUAGAUGGUGUGGUCAUCGAUGGAGGUGAUUAUGUACCGCCAGCGCCCGGUUCGGCUGCUGCACAAGCCCAAGCAUCGACUGCAGCCGGCAUAGGCCUCGGCGGGGGUGCAGGCAUCGCAGCAGCGGGUGGUUGGGGUACGCCGGGACAGUUGGAAAAUAUCGUAUUAAUGAGGAAAACAGCCAUUAACAAGCUGUCAAGAUAUGACCUGUUGGCUGGCGUGACACGUGCCGAGGCGUUUUUCUCCUUCAAUUCCGGCGACGUACAGUACGGCAUCGAAGCGGAUCGUCGCUCGAAAAUACUAAAGGCCUACGUACGCAAUACGUACACGUAUCAUCUGAACGAAAUAUUUGCGACGAUUGUUAAUGAGUACACGGAUUGGGAGCGACCCGUGCAGCAUCCAAUUAAUAUACGUGAUGAAACACUGGAAGCGCUCAGCGAUGCACAAAUUGUGGCACCCGCUGCUCAAACCGUCGACCUACACUCGGCGGAUCAUCGCAAUUCGUACUUGUACGUCUUUGACUAUCAGACGAGAUAUGGGGAUUAUCCUCAGCGCCAAGGCUGCAUUCAUGGCGAGGACUUACCUUAUCUGUUCGGCGCACCUUUAGUGGGUGGUUUCAGUCAUUUCACACGAAAUUACACCAAAACCGAAAUCAAUCUCUCCGAGGUUGUAAUGUUGUACUGGUCAAACUUCGUGCGCACUGGUAAUCCGAAUGAACAAAUGGAAGGUGAACAUCCCGGUAGUCGACAGGAGCGAAGUCGAUACAAAACGAUUGAAUGGACCGCUUACGAGAGUGUGCAUAAAAAGUAUCUCAAUUUCGACACAAAACCCAAACUCAAGAAUCACUAUCGCGCACAUCGCUUAUCCUUCUGGCUGAAUCUCAUUCCCGAUCUGCACAAGCCAGGCGGUGACAAUGUGCCCGCCGCACAUCACCAGCUACUGGAUGAUACUGAUGAUGAUGUCGACAAUAAUAUCGCCAAUGACGGUUCCGUUAAGCCACUCAACCCACCCUAUUCGCCGCAUGCUGGCAGCGCGGCGCUUGGCAAUUUCACAUUAUUUACUAAUCAAGUAUUCUCACUGCUGAAUCUCUCGUCACCCUCAUCGGCGCGUAAUGGCACACGUUAUGGCGGCAAAAUGUAUGGCGCUGACGACAACGGAGAAGCACAUGCCGCCGGAAGUGGUUCGCCACCGGAUGGCCAAGACGGUUUUGCUGCCUACUCCACCGCACUGAGCGUCACAAUUGCAAUUGGCUGUUCACUGCUCAUCCUGAACGUGCUUAUCUUCGCUGGUGUUUACUAUCAACGUGACAAGACGCGCCUAAGUGAGCCGCGCGCGCAGACCAAGCUGAAGCGGCAAGAAAACGGUCAAAUGCCGAAUAACAUAUGCGGCGAUCUGGAAACCUUAACGAUACACACGAAAAACGAUCCGGCGACGAUACUUUCGCAUCAUCACGCGCUGCAACACCAACACCAGCUGCCACCACCCGAAUUCGCAGAUAUACCACAUCGUGCGCCGCCGCCGCCAAAACAUUUAAAAUCGCUGCAGGAUGCGAGCGGCAAUAUAAGUAUGGGUGGCGCGCUCAGUGCGCCGGGUAGCGCGGCAAGCGGUGGUGGUAUGGUAGGUGGUGCCAUGGGUAGCAGCGGCGGUGGCGGCAAUGCUGCUGGUGUUGGGGGUCUGGGCAGCGCCGGCGGGCAAGGUAGUAGUGGGCCCAGUGGCAGCGGAGGUGGUGGCAGCAUGAUGGGUCUAAUGCCACCACCGCACGCGUUGCAAGUCAUGGGCAAUCAAUGUGGCACGCUUACUAAAAAGAGUUGCAUGAAACAAACACAACAGCAGCAGCAACAGCAACAGCUGGUGGUUACACAUCAGCAGCAUUUGCAGAAUCAUCAUAAUCAAAGCAUGACGACGGCUUUAAUGGGUGGCGGCGGUGGUGCUGUUGGUCCACCGCCACCUUCGGUGUCCAGCGCACAAGCGCACACGCACGCAAAUGUGCAACAACAGCAGCAGCAACAACAUCAUCAGCAAGCACAACUACAACAAAUCCAACAGCAUCCACUAAUGGAUGAGUUGCGAGUGUGACAUUAAUUAACAGUGCGUUUCAAAUGUGAUCUCUAGCGGUGAUUAAAUGAUUGUGAUGUGAAAUGAAGUGGAAACGGGCGCCACACAAUGCCAUAUAGCUCGAUUAAAGUGUGUGUGUGUGUAUGUGUCGCUUUGUGAGUGUGUGGGUGUGUGAUUUUGAGCAUCUAGUGGAUAUGCGUGGAUUUAAUCGUGUGCGGCGUCCUUGGUGAUAACGCCCAUUACCUAUUCUCUCUGUGGGCGUCGGUACGCCAUUGCAUUUAGUAGCAAACCAAAACGGGAUUACAUGACGUAGGCGCAUUUUGUUAAUUACAUAUUUAGUAGUAUUAGUAUUAGAUAUAGUAGCAUUAUUGAGGAUAUAUAUAUUAAGCACGAGGAAAAAGCUAUAUUAAGUCGUGGUGCUAGGCACAAAACCUAAAUAUUAUUUCAAAACAGGUUCUAACUGUAGCCAUACUUAGUAGGAAGUUUUAAAACUAAAAAUUCGAUUGUCGUAUAAAAUUGAAGUUUAACAAUCAAAUAUUUUGUACAUAGUGAAA